AUGUGGACGAGACUUGUGAUCACUGGGUUUGGAUGGUUUGCUCUGUUGAGGCUGUUGUUGUGCCUCGCUUUCGUUUACCCACACACAAUCACGUCUCAAAUCCGCCACCUUUCUCCGUUGGAGCAACCAAGAUUUCGGACCGCUUCAAUCUUUAUACUCGCAAGAAUAUCGUCUCCAAGAACUACAAUGCAAGCUGAUUGCACAUCUGGAGCCCCCAUCUCUUCCGGAGGGCGUGGUGGUCGUGGCGGUGGCCGUGGCCGUGGCGGACGUUGUGGUCGGGGGAAAAGAAGAGGGACAAUGAGAGCGCAGGUUAGCUAUAUAGGAAAGCAUAUGAUGCGUGGAAUUGACUUGUACGAUCAGGCAAUGCGGCGAGGGAGACACCAGGGUCGCCUCCACAACCAGCAGAACCAGCACCACCAUCACCAGCCACAGCAACAGCAGCAGCUACAGGAACAGCAGCAGCAGCAACAACAACAGGGGGAGCAACGGCAACAGCAACCACAGUAG